AUGUUCGCCCCCCUCCUUGCCCUUGCGGCAGCCGUCUGCGUCCCAUACGCCACGGCUCUCGCCCCCAUCGUCAAGAAGGGCAGCUUCCUUUUCGACAGUACCACCGGCGAACGUUUUUAUCUUAAGGGCCUUGCCUAUGCUAGUAAGUCCUAUUUCUUUAUCGGCCAAGUCAGCAAGCUUGACCCCCUCGCCAAUGGCGCCGGCUGCACGCGCGACAUUCCUUACUUCAAGCAACUCGACGUCAACAUCCUCCGCGUAUACCAGGUCAACUCAUCCCUCGAUCAUAGCACCUGUAUGGAGGCGCUCAACUCCGCCGGCAUCUACGUCGCCAUCGACCUUGCCACCCCGUACGCCGCCCUCAGCAGUACUUCACCAUCCUGGAAUGUAGAGCUCCUGACGGACUUCAUCAACACCGUCGAGGCCUUCGGUAGUUAUGAAAACGUCUUUGGUUUCACAAUUGGUAACGAAGUUAUAAGUUCUCUUCCGAACGACGACGCAGCGCCGUACAUCAAGGCUGCGGUGCGCGAUAUUAAAUCGUAUAUGGGAGCCCACAACUACAGUCAACUUGUUGGGUACACCGCGACAGACUCGCCAAACUCACGUGUUGCGCUCCCAUACUAUCUCGCGUGCGACGAGGACACGUCAUCCAUUUUCGACUACUGGGGCCUCAACAUCUACGAAUGGUGUGGCAAUAGCUCAUUCACGGUGUCCGGCUACCAAGCGCGCACAGAGGAGCUCCAGAACCUUGGCGUUCCCGCAUUCUUCUCCGAGUACGGUUGCAAUGCCGUUGAGCCACGCACGUUCCAGGAUGUCCCUGUACUGUACAGCUCCGACAUGAGCGAUGUCUGGUCGGGCGGUAUCAUCUACGAAUACGUCGAGCAGGGCAACAACUACGGUCUCGUGAAUAUCUCGUCGGACGGCAGCUCCGUGGCGACUCUGACGGACUUCAACAACCUCAAGUCGCAAUACACAACCGCGACAGGCUCGUCGCUUGCGAUAUCCUCGUACACGCCCUCAGUCUCGCUCCCUGUAUCGUGCCCGCAAUCCAACGCGAGCUGGCCGGUCGCGACUGCGCUCCCGCCGACGCCCAACUCGGGCGAGUGCGACUGCGUGGCGAGCUCGCUCACGUGCAUAUCCACAUACUCGCUCGGCGACGACGCCAUCGGCACGGCAAUCGGUGAGAUCUGCGGGACGUCCGCCUCGGCGUGCGCCAGCAUCUCGGGCAACGGCACGACGGGCACGUACGGCGACCUGUCCAUGUGCAACCCGCUGCAGCAGCUGAACAUCGCGAUGGACGUGUACUACAACGCGCAGGGCCGCGCGGCGACGGCGUGCCAGUGGUCGUUCGCGACGACGACGUCGGUGUCGGGCGUGACGAACUCGGCCGCAGCCGCGAGCGCGACGAGCGCGUGCAUCCAGAAAGACGCGUUCGCGAGCAGCACGGGCAUUCCCAGCGCGACGACGACGGUGGCGGGUGCGACGACGAAACCGCUGGUGACAAGCACGGGCCAGGCGAGCGGAAGCUCGGACGGCAAGAGCGGUGCGGCGAUCGCGAUUCAGGUGCCGCCGGUCGCGCUGUUCUCGAGCGUGCUGCUCGGCCUGGUAGGCGGCGCGAUGGCGGUCGUGUUCUAG